UCUAUCCUUUUGUUAAAAUAAGCCUGAAUCUUAUUGUGAAAUCGUACCGAUGAUCCAUUAAUGUAGCGUCACAAGACGUACUAAAUUUAGUAAUGUUUUAAGUUUCACGUUAAAUUCAAAAUUUCCAAAAAUGGGUUGUAUGUGUUGUUCAUUCAGUUCGUUUGUGUCUGUUUGUCUAAAUGCAUUUGAAAGAGCUACAGUAUGCACGGUGUGUGCAGUAUUGACAUUUUUUCUACUGUUCACAAUAUUAGCUGUGCUGGCCAUUGGAGUCGGUAUUGGAUUCCACUAUUGUUUUGUGACACAGACUGUAGACGCGAUGUCCAAAGCCGCAAAACUAACUGCUGACGCUGAAGAGGGUCCUCCUCGUGGCCAGAAAGCUGCGGCAGAAGCAGCCGCAGCUCGAUCAAUGCCCGCGCAAUUAAGGCGCCAGAACAUUGUGCGAGCGGUGGAACAGGGCGCGUUGCGAACCGGCAAUCUGAAGCACCAUAUCGCACGUCGGGAAGCUGGCUCCCCGCCACUUAGCAACAACCAAACUACCAAUGCAUCUGCUUUAUCUUAUAAACAAAAUCUAGCAUUGCAGAAUGUAUCAAAAUGUAUCAAUUGUUAGUAUACUUAACAGAGAGAGAUUUUUUUCGUUGCAUGGUCUUUUAGCGGCAUGGUAUUUGGAAUCGCUGAAUCGUGACAUUGAUUUAUACAAACGCUUUUUCGUACUUUUGUCAGUAAAUAAAGAAAUAAAUUCAACUA